AGGGAAGGUAGUGACACGUGUCAAUCAACCCCCCUCCGGGGGGCGCGCGCUCCGGGGCUCGCGCCGAGGGCUCGCGCCCCUGCCUCGUGCCUGCGCCGCUCGUAUGUAAAUGAGGGCGCGUGACGCGGGACGCAGAUGGACAAGGGAAGGGAGAGAAUGGCCGCUGCCGCCGCCGCCGCCGCUGCCGCCGCCGCUCAGUGCCGGAGCCCUCGGUGCGCGGCGGAGAGGAGAGGAUUCCGGCGGGAACUCGACUCCUGGCGCCACCGCCUCAUGCACUGUGUAGGUUUUGAGAGUAUCUUAGAAGGGCUUUAUGGACCACGGCUACGAAGAGACCUCAGUUUAUUUGAAGACUGUGAACCAGAAGAGCUGACUGACUGGUCUAUGGAUGAAAAAUGUUCAUUUUGCAACUUACAGAGAGAAGCAGUCAGUGAUUGUAUGCCAUCACUUGAUUCUUCACAGUCAACGCCAACAGAGGAGCUAUCAUCUCAGGGCCAGUCCAACACUGAUAAGAUUGAAUGCCAAGCAGAAAAUUACCUAAAUGCACUCUUUCGAAAGAAAGAUCUUCCUCAGAACUGUGAUCCUAACAUUCCCCUAGUUGCUCAGGAAUUAAUGAAAAAGAUGAUACGUCAGUUUGCAAUUGAGUACAUUUCAAAAAGUGGUAAAAUCCAAGAGAAUAGAAAUGGUUCAAUUGGACCAAGUCUCAUAUGUAAAAGUAUCCAAAUGAAUCAAGCAGAAAACUCCCUUCAGGAAGAGCAGGAAGGCCCCUUAGACCUCACUGUGAAUCGAAUGCAAGAACAAAGUACUCAGCAAGGGGAUGGAGUGUUAGAUCUCUCUACCAAGAAAACCAGCAUAAAAUCUGAAGAGUCAUCCAUAUGUGAUCCUUCUUCUGAAAAUUCAAUGGCUGGUUCAACUGUUGAUGCAAAAUCAGAGGAAGCUACUAAAAUGGAAAAAGGAAAAUCAGCAUUAAGCAAAGUUUUGGAAUCUUUGUGCAGACAUCAUCAGCAACAAGUUUUGGCUAUGUUGAGAUUUCUAGUCCAAGAGCAGAGUGCUGCCUCUCUUUGCUGUUGUAAUGCGUCAUGUGCUGUUUCUUCAGAAUCUCAAAAGCCCCUCUUUGAAGAUGAUUUACAUGGUGUGUUCUGUAGUUGUGAAUAUAGACUGGCAGAAAGAGGGUGUUUACAAAAUGAAAGACAAACCUCUGGCUUAGUGCCUCUGCCAGCCUGUAUUAAAAAAUUACAUUGUUUAUCUUGCCAAACUGUAACUAUUGAGCACAUUAAGACAGUCAUGACUAGAGGAAUUUCAAACAGUCAUCAUUCACCCAGGUACUGUUCUGGACUGUUACCAAACAUUCACUCUACAAAAUCAGCCUAUCAUUGUCCUCGUUCAUCAAGGGAGGUGUGUGAGCUUCCAGCCAGUCUUAAAGAUGAUUGUAGAUCUCGAAGUCCCUCACCCCCACCAUUAUCACCUGUACAGACUGAAGGAUUUGAAAAAUUGAAAGAUGUCCUCUCAGAGCUGUCAGCCUUAGAAAAUAGCAAACUUGAAACUAACACUAACCAGCCUCCAUCUCUAACACCAGCAGAAAUAAGCAGUAACAAGGGUGAUCACGAAGGCAAAACUCUUAAAGCCAAGAAAUCAAGUAACUCUGAUUCUGUCUUCUUGAAUACCAGCAAUAAUUAUACUAUAAACCAGGAAAAGGGUGAAACUGCUGUAAUUUUUCAAGAUUUAAUGGAUCGUAUUAAUGAAAAAUUAAAAUCAAUAGAAACUACGGAUGUAGCAAACCUUGUAAAAUUAUCGAACAGUGAUUAUAAUACAGAUAAUGAUUUGAAAUUGGGAGAUUUAAUCACAUCUCUCUUGCAUAAUGCCAAGGCCAGUGAUUAUAGUUUUAUGGAAUUACUAAAUCAACAUGAUAAAAAGGUAGAAAAUAAAAUCAUUCAGACAAGAUUUCGAAAGCGUCAACAGACCUUAUUUGCAAUGCACAACUCUCCUGAUUCACCCACGAUCAGGAGGCAGUCUUUACAGAUAAAAAGAGAACUUGCUAGUUUAGAUGAAAAUUUUACAAGAAAAAGGUACACGGAAAAAUUUUCAAGAAAACUGUUAUGCAAUAAUGAGAUGGUUUCAUCAAAUAAAGAACUCCAUCAUUGUCAAGAGAGUUCUUUCCAGAAUUCUCAAAGUUUUCAAGAUAAAAAUCUUGCAGGAACAUUGUUUUCCCCAAAUUAUUCUGUAGAGUCAUUGCAAGAGCCUCUUCAUAGUUUAGAAACUAACCUUGCUUGUGAUGAGUUUUCAGAAAAUGUUAAAACAACUUCACCUGAGAAAAGGAGCAUAGGAAAAUCACAAGAGAAAUCUAGAGCUGGAAGAAAAACUUUGCAAAAUAAGAAUGAGAAUCUAAAACUAGAGAAUAUGCAAACACCUUUGAGAAAUGAUGCUUCUGGGCUUCUGAGCAGAACUAAGAGAAAUAUUGUGCCUCCAGGGUGGUAUUCUAUAUAUGUUACCAAUAAUUGUGUUUCUAAAAAAUCCCUGAAGGCUAAAGGAAUAUCAGAAUCCAGACAAAAUAAAGACCCAAUAAAAAGUAUUCAGAUUGAAAGCUCACAAAAUAUAGACCUAAACAAAAUUGCAAUGAGUUCCAAUUUACAGGUUCUUGUGGAGCGUUUGGAAGAUACAAUAAGUAUGGCCCAUCGGUCUUGGAAUAAUCAGCCCUUAUCAGAAGGAUUUAAAGCACCCAAGAAAUUGAUAGGAAUGGAUGGUAAAGACAAACAUACUGGGGAAAAUAUGACUCUUACUUUAAGUAGAGUGAUACACAAAGAAGAGAGCUUAUCAGAAUCUGUGAUGGCAUCUAGCAAUAUCACAAAAAGUCACCAGAUGCCUACAAUAGAUGUGGAUAACAAAAGACUAGAUAAUCUGAAACAGACAACUGUUUUAGAGUCGGGUAGCAUGACUUCGAGUGUGGAAAGUGUACCAAUAAAAUGUGCAAGUAUUGAAAGUUCUCCUUGUUCUAACUAUUCUAGUCCUAUCAAACUCAUGUUUUUAUCUGAAGUUAAAAGUAGUGAAGGAGUCAAAUACACUUUAACUUCAGUUGGUACUUCAGGAUGGAAUAGUGAUCUUCCUCUUGAAAAACGUGCAGCCCAUCGUGUAACUGGACGAAAAACAGAAGUGAGUGAGGUUAGGCCAAAUGCCAACUUUGAACAUUGCAAUUCUAGUCAUGAUACUGAUAGUCUUCAAAGAGAAUUAAACAGUUGUGCAAAAGAAACUGCAGAGUCAUCUGCUGUGUUUACAGAUGGUUUGAAUAAUGAUAAGCCACAGGAGGAACCUAAGGAAAAUUCAAGUGGUGCUGUUGAUUCAUCUUUUAAAAGGAAACCAGGCAGACCUAAAAAGAUAGGUCCCCAAAUUGUGAAACAGAUUAAACGGCCAAUUGGAAGACCACCAAAACCAAAGACUGAUCAAAAAGAUGUCGCCAUUUGCCCAAAUGAAUCCUUUAAUGGUGGAAGAAAAAGCCCAGAGUCUCUCUUAUCGGAAGGAAAAGAAGGUGUUUAUAAAAAAUCGAUUACAGUAACUGUUAUUUAUGGAAGGUCAAGAAGAAGUAAAAGGCAUGUUUCUGAAGGAAGUAUAAACAUUAACAAUGUUAUGUCAUUGAGUAAUAAUGUUUCUGGUUUGCCCCUUGUCUCUAAUAAUCUCAGCAAUAGCAAAGGGCACCGAAUAGAUUCAGAUGAAGGAGCAAAUGCUAUGUCUGGCUUUACCACUGAAAGUGAGACCUUGGAGUCUGGCUUUGAAUAUGUUAGACCUCUCAAGGACAAAUCUGUAAUACCCCAGACUUCUAAGAUCAUCAUUCGACCAAAUCAGAAGCCUUUGGCAAUAAUCAGGAAGCCUGGUAGACCUGCAAAAGUGAAAAUCUCAGGCAUAUCUGUGACUAUUAGUAGAAUUUCACCUCAGGAAAGAGAAGUAAGUAUGAGCAGCUGUUUACCUCCUUUAGAGCAGGAGAAUAUGUUAGGAAAAUGUGUGCCUGAAGAAAAGCAUGGCCAGCAUUGCAAUAAGGUGGAUAAAUCAAGGCACACCGAAGUGGACUCACUUAAGAAUGAGUCCAAAUGUGUAGUUAAUGCAGUACCUUUGAGACAUUCUGUUAGAGAUAGAAAACCAUCUCUGCAUUUCUUACAUUCAUUAGCAUCUUCUAGGUCAUUUAUCUACAGAAAUUCUCUGCUCCAUAAAUCAUAUAAGCUCCACUUGCAGAAAGGCAAAAGGCAGAAGAAAAAACAUAGGCAAUCAAGGAUAAAAAUAACUUCCAAAGAUACUCCAGGAACUAGACGUUCAAGGAAUGCAAAAAGGUGUUUGGAAGAUAACAAAUUAGUACCUGUUUCGGAUGUUUCCUUGGACCCUAUAAUUUCAUCAAACUCUUUACUCCGAUGGUGGGCCACUUCUACUUCAAAUGACUCUUUACUAGAAGAAUUAAAUAAUAGAUUUGAGCAAAUAACAAAUGCGUGGGUGCAAGUGAAUGGAGACGAAGCUAGAAACUUUGCUCACAAAACCAGAUACAUUGAAAAGGAUCAUUUUGAAAUAGCUAACCCUUUGGAAACUUGUGUUUUAGAACUUGAAGUUUCACCUGUAAAAAUGCUUUUUCAGAAAAAAUAUGACUUGAAUGAACUCUGUACAUGGUUUAUGCAAACAACAGAAACACAGUCUCUUUCACUAGUUAGAAAGGCAAAUGCUCGAAACCCUUUGGAAGUAAUAAAUACCAAGGGAAUAAAAUUAGGGACCAAAUACUGUGAUUUUAAUAGCAGUCCCUUCAGGAAGCACUUUAAAAAAUUUGCCCUCUCUUCUCCUUCAAAAGCAGUUGGGAAGUUACACAUACUGCAUAAAAUGGUUAGCUCUCCACUUUUAGAUGUAAAAAGUAAUUUAACACUUACUAGAUUGAAAAGGACUGAGUUUAAAAGGUUGCACCAUGAAAAAUGGAGAAGAGAGGGAAAAGCACACAACCGGGAAACAGCUGAUAGGAACUCUAGAAGGAGAAACUUGAGAUUUUCCUGCCAGAGUCAGUUUUUGGAUAAGACUACAGGGAGAACAAAUCCUGACAUUCCACUUUGUGGAAAAGGCACAAUAGAUAACCAGUGUAUUUUACCACCUCCUGAGAGCAAGGAUAACUUUUUGCAAAACACAGCAGCAAGGCCUGACUUAACACAUGCUAGUUUACAGAAUAAAUUUAACUCUGAAGCAAAAGAGAAAGGAACAAAUGCGAUCCAAAAAGAGUUUGUUUGUCCCAAUAAUUGGAGGUCAAAAACCUUACGAGACUGUCGAAUCUUUUUGAGGAAGAUCAACUGUCUUGAACACAGAAAUACUUUAAAGUUAAAUACAAUCAUUUGCUCUCCUGAGACUGUCGACAGUGGAAGUAAUCAUCAGACACAUACAGAAGAAUUGCGUUUUACCCUAAGAUCUCAUUCUGCCAGGCAAAAUUCUCUUGGGAAGCAAACUAAAGAGCUAGAAAAUGCUCAAGCAAAAAGACCUUCAGCUGAUAAAGUUGCUAAAGAACUUGGCAAUAAUCAGUUAAGUAACUGUGCUAACCUUGACAGGAAUCCUUCUGGUAGUUCGGAAAUGCAUAGCAAAUUGAACAAAAGGAAAAGACCACCAUGGAAGACCACAGAGAUGUCUACAAAAAGACAUAAACGGCAGUCUUGCAACAGCGGACAAAUGGCAAACUGUAUUUCAAAAUCCCAUGUAGGUCAUACUGACAUGACAUUGGACCCAAGACGACUGUUUACCUAUGAGAAUCUGAACACCGGGGUAGCUGGUGUAGCCACUUCCUUCACUGCUUAUUUAAUGGGUACUGACAGCACAGGAGAUUUACACAGAGUGCUUCCUGUUGACUGAUUACUCCCUUGCCAUCAGAGAGUGCCAAUUUACCUUUGGAAAUGUAAGGACAUUUAUCAUAUGGAUUCAUUCUUUUACAUUGUAUAUCUUAGGAUAUCUUUUGGGGAGGUUGUUGUUGGCUUUGUUACCCUUUGUUUUCCCCCUUGGUGGUACUAGGGUUUGAAUUCAAGUCCUUGAGCUUGAUAGACAGCAUUUUGCCACUUGAGCCACACUUCCAGCCCCACUUUUUU